CAUGCAAACCAGAUGAACUCAUAGAAAAGAAAAAUCAAAAUUAAUUCACAAUUUUACCCUUACCAAUGGAGUCUCGCCGGGAACAGAGCUCCUCCGGCGAGAUCUUCUCGUUCCCGAGCACUCCGGUUCAGGAUCAGGAUCAGGAUUCCGAUUUCGAAUUCGGAUCCAUUACUCCAGAUUCUCCUUCCACUUUCAACAACUCGCCGGCGGAUCAUCUGUUCGUGAACGGUCGUCUUUUGCCUCACUCUUUUCCGCCGCAACCGAUUGGUGUUUACGCUGUCGAUCGGACGAGUAGCGUCGGGAGUAAGGACUCGAUCAUGUCGUCGCGGAGUAAUAGCACUAAUAGUAGGAGCAGUAGCAGUUGCGGUAGCAGUACUAGCGCGAGGACGAGUUCGAGCGAAAGUAAUAAUGUCGACAGAUCCUCCAGAUUCUCUUCGCAUCAGAAGAAAUCUCCGAAAUCUUCUGUUUCCGCUCAAGUGUACGGAUCGUCUCAGAGAUGGCAGUUCAUCGCGUCGGUUCCGGUUCCGACGACGCUGAGCCGGGAGAAUUCGAGGAGGAAGAAGGCCGUGGAGAAAAUUGGGGGAAAAUCGGAUUUGAGGCGGAACAAAAAGCGAAUAGAGAAGACGACGGCGAGGAAGAAGAAGAAGAAGAAGAAGAAGAAGAAGAAGAAUAUGUGGUUCGGAAGGAAGGUUUUCCGGUGGAUUAUUCUGGUUUGUAAAGAAUGCCAUGCGAUCGAACCAUCGAGAAAGGAUGAGAUUGUGAUGAGGAAGACGAAAUUGACGAAACCGAAGAGUUAUUGAAUUAUUGAUAUGAAUUUAUUUAUUUAAUUUCUUGAGGAUUAUGGCUGUUUUGCUCGCUGAUUCAUCCGGUUUUCAUCUCUUGAUUUCUGGAAUUUUCUUUUCUGCAUUGUUGUUCUUGGCGUUUGUUCAAAUGAUCUGAUGAUCUCUCCAUCUCUCUGCUUUGGUAAUGAUGUUGAUGAUGAGUUUAUGGAAUGUGAUUUCAAGGCUUAAUGAAUCGGUUUGGAAUCAA